UCCCGCCGCCCGCAGCCGCCGCGGCCCCGCGCCCGCCCGUGUCCGUGUCCGUGUCCGUGUCCGCGGCCGUGGACGAUGGUGGCGGCCCGGGGCGCUGCCGCCCGCCGCGGAGCGCUGCUGCUGCUGCUCGCCGCCCUCGGAUCCUUCCGUCUGCGCCUCGCCCGUGCCGCAGCAUCGUGUCCCCGGAGCCUGGACUGUGCCCUGCAGCGCCGAGAGUUCUGCCCGCCGGGGUCAGGUGCCUGCGGGCCCUGCCUGCCCCCCUUCCAGGAGGACGCCCGCGGGCGCUGUGUCCAGAAGCAGCUCUCACCCAGUGGACGGACCUCUGUUCCCAGCCUGGAGGCAGAAAUUGAUUUUCUCGCGGAUGUGCUGGCCAGGCAAGAGGCUCCUCGCCACCACCCCCUACAGGACGGCAGACCCAGGACCACCCUGGUGCCCGAUGGCAGCAGACAGCGCAUGGCCAGCAGGCUGAGAGAGGGGCGUCUGCAGCGGGGUCCCGCCGGCACCAUGGCAGCCACCACCCUCCCCACCACUGCCACGGUUCAGAAGUACCCGGUGGAGGCGUCUCCCAUCCCUGCAAAUGACAACAUGGUGCUUGGGCUGAUCGUGGUGUGCACAGUGGCUGGGAUCUCAGCGCUGAUCGUAGCGGCCGUCUGCUGGUGCAGGCUGCAGAAGGAGGUCAGGCUGGCACAGAAAGCAGACUACUCAGCUCAGCGAGCUGCCAGCCCCCUGCCCUAUGACAAGAUCUCGGUAAGGCACCCAGGUCCCUCCCUGUGGGGUGUUUGGCACUUGGGCCCCAGUACUCUGCUGGAGGGAUUCCCAUGUGCUGGAGGCCCCCCACCAGCCAGGCUGGGGCCCUCCAAAGCCCGGCCUCCACAGCUGUUCCUGCUCUCUCCACAGCCUGGGGACAAGACACUGGCUCAGAGUGCCCAAAUGUACCACUACCAGCACCAAAAGCAGCAGAUGCUCUCCCUGGAGAAGCAUAAAGAGGAGCCCAAGCUGCCGGACUCGGCAUCAUCUGAUGAGGAGAAUGAGGAUGGAGACUUCACCGUGUAUGAGUGCCCUGGGCUGGCUCCGACCGGAGAAAUGGAAGUGAGAAACCCGCUGUUUGACGACUCCUCCUUACACCCCUCCAACCCCAAGUCGCACCAGUAACCGCCCCAUCUCCUGCGCCCAAGCUCGCUACGGACUGUGCCCACGGGCCGGGGGGCACCCACAGCUGGGCCGAGGGACGCUGACCCCGCGCUGCCAGACUGUUCGACGCCUGCCCAAUAAACACCCACUAACAGCUAUGGGGGGGGGAAUUGCCCCCGUUUCCAGCGUCCUUGUCCUCUUUGCUGCUGUGAUCGCGUCCCUGCCUUGCCCUUUGCUCACUGCUCUCGCAGGCACAGGGAGGCGGCUGCUUUGGCACAGAAAUUGGCGGGGGGGGGGGGGGGGAGGACUGCGGCACUGUCCCUUUGUAGUUGGCUUUGAGGAGGGGGCUGCUGUCCUGGCUGCGGCUGGGCUGAUGCGUAGCAGCUGGGAAGGGGCCAGAGACAGGGUCAGAAAGCAGGAGAGGGCCAGGCGGGCUGGGCAUGCUCGUGCCCGGCAUCAGGGCUGCCAGCCUGCCCAGAGCCCUUCUGCCAGGGAUGGAGCCUUUCUCUGGACCAGGUGGCAUCACUAAGGGCUUCAGUGCCCAUUCUGCCCCCUCCACCCCACACUGGGCAGCUCCUGGCAGCAGGAUAGUGCUCUGGGAGCCAGUGGCAGGAGCAGGAGCAGCUCGAACAGGCACUGGCAUUGCUCCCGGGGAUGUUCCUUCAGAUGCUGCCCUGUGUUCUGACCCCUUUAGGGGUGCUGGGCUUCAGGGGCCCUGGGGCAUGGACAGUCCCAGUGCCACUGUGGCCUGGGAGCCCACAUUAGGCUGUGCUGGCAGAGGAUGGGCUCUCUCUUACCACAGGCCUCAGUGGGGUAAAAGCUCCGAAAAAGGGUUCAAGGUUUUGUUUUUAAGCUUAUGUGGCCGUGGGGGAGGAAGGAACAGGACUGGAGGGAGCCAGGUUGUAGAGGGGUAGCCGAGGCAUGGGGGUUUACUGUGCUGCUUCAAACCCCAUGGAGCCCAUGCCCUGGCAGCAUCCCUGUGGAGCCUGGCACUUUGUGCUCUCUGGGCAUCCCUCUGUGGCAGGUGACAGUCUCCACUGCUCCAUCCCAGGCACCUCUCAGGCCUCAGACACUCCCUGCACCACUCUGUUACCUGUGUCCAGCCUCACCAGCCCUCACCAACAUGUUCUUGCUUGGAGCCCAGUGCUGCUCCUCAGUGCCUCCCGGGUGCAUUGGCCGUGAACCCCUCCAGUGGAAGGCCCAGAACAGGGUUUGGGUUACUUUGCACAGGUGUGGCUUCAUGUCCAGGUCCUGUUGUGGCCAUAGGUGACCUGUUGCACUCACUGGAGCCAUUGCACGCCCAGGCAGGCACGGGCAGGGCAGGCAGCAGUGGCAGGGAUGUGCUGGUGAGUGGUGAUGGCAUGGGAUCAUCCCUGUCCCUGGCGGGGUGGCUGACAGAGGCCAUCAUGGCACAGAUUCUGUCCCCGUGUCCUGCACUCCCCCUUCCCUGGGCUGCUGCCACUCUCCCCACACCUCUCGUCGUUGUCGUAUGAAUUGUAGUUCUUUUAAAAGGAGAUUUUAUUAAACGACCAUGUUUGAGA